UUCAUAAAUGUCAUGAUAUUACAAUUUUUUUCUGUCUAUGGUAAAUGUAUACAACGACAACAACAAAACAAGAAAGGAGGAUGUAAACAGCAACAGCAACGACAACAACAACGAUAACAGAGAAAAUGGAAGCAACGAAAAGUUUUACUGAAGACGGUAUUACAAUAUUAGAUGGUGGUCUUGCCACAGAACUCCCAAAGAUUGGUUUUAACAUAGACAAUGAUCCAUUGUGGAGUGCAAGAAUAUUGAUGAACUCUCCAAGUUCAAUAAAAGAAGUUCAUAAGAGGUACCUGGAGGCUGGUUCAGAUGUGUUAAUAACUUCUUCCUACCAGACAAGUGUUCCUUCAUUAAUAAAAUUUGGGAAUUGCUCAAGAGAAGAAGCACUUGGUUACAUAAAGUUGUCUGUAACUGUUGCCAAAGAUGCUUGUGAAGAGUUCUGGCGAGGUAAUACAUGCAAAGAAGAUUUAUCAGGCUUUAAAAAAGCUUUGAGAAGAUUCCCUUUAGUAGCUGGAUCCGUUGGACCUUAUGGUGCAUGUCAACAUGAUUGUUCUGAAUACAGUGGGAAGUAUGUAGACAGCAUGUCUCUUGAGGAACUUAUAGAAUGGCAUCGGCCUCGUAUGGUUGCGUUGGUGGAAGCUGGCGUUGAUCUACUGGCAAUUGAGACGAUUCCUGCUUUGGAGGCCUUAGCACUGUGCGACUUAUUAAAAAGUUUUCCAAGUACAAAAGCAUGGAUAUCAUUUUCAUGCAAGGACGAACAGACGCUAUGUCACGGGGAAAAGUUCACUGAAGCAGUUUCGUCGCUUUCUUCCUUUGAUCAGGUUUUUGGUGUUGGAAUCAAUUGUACCAAACCUGAAUAUAUAGAGCCUCUACUUAGAGGUUUGCAGAAGGAGCGCAUUGCAGAGGACAAGGUCAAAGUUGUAUACCCAAACAGUGGUGAAUCUUGGGACAAGGGAAGCUGGCUGGAAUCAGAUUCACCCAAGAAGCUUUGUCAUUAUGCUUCUUCUUGGAUUGAUUCUGGCGGAAAAUGGAUCGGAGGAUGUUGCCGCACUUCUCCAGAUGAUAUAAGGUCUCUGCGAGAAUCGUUAAAAUCCUGAGCUAGAGCCACGGCCAGAAGAUUUCCCAAGUAGCGAGAUCAGCAGGAACAUCUUCAGUAGCCAAAUGCUGAUAUUCAGUCUCUGCAUCUGUCGAGUUUUGAUUGAAGAGAAAGGCCUUGGCGUAGGACACUGCAUUUGUUGGAGUGUCGAAACAAUGGCGAGAAAUGAAUUUGCUUGUGAAUCUUUUUUUGCUUAAGCUUGUAAUUAAUCACCUAGAUAACUAAACCAGACUAACGAAAGGUAGAUGAUAAACGUUUGCUUCUAUUUAUGGUCACCAAAAAUGGCCUUAGGCCAAUGGCUGAAAUGGCCUAUUCCUUUAUAACAGGCUAUGCUUGAAACGUCGUUGAUAACUUCGCUAUUUUUUCUGCUACAGUUUUACUUAGAUUCCUAGUUAUAUUAUUUGAUAUUGUACAACACGCUAGCUAGUAUAGUGAUAGGGAUAGUUCGUAUAGAAGUGUAUUGCAUCUCAAACAGAAAAAUUUUGCUCUAAAGAUUAACACAGAUUAGCAACUAAUAAACUAUUUUAGUAAUAAUGUUUAGCAAUAACGGUUUACGAAAGAGACUUAUUAUUGAGAUUUGGGUAUCAGCCAAAGCUUUCUCGGUUAAAUUCUAUUGGAAUACCACGGUAUUUUGGUUCACCAAAGUCGGGGGUGGUUUCUCUUGCAGAAAAAAAAUUGUUUAGAACAAAAAUAAAUAAAUUUCGCCAGAGGCAGUCACAUGGGUAAAAUGUAAGGUUGUGUGGUUGUAAUAAGUCUGCCAUAGCUACUUCAUAUACAUUUCAUUAAGCCGUCAACGUUCUAACAUUUGAAAAGAAAUUAGAAAAGCUUUAACACUCUUUCAACAGCGCUAUAAGCAAGUAACAAGGGCCACCGAGAGGAGAUAAUUUUUCUGAAUACUGCUAUUAGUACCAAGGGCAUUGAAAUUUGCCCAUGCCCUUGAGGCCUAUGGGUUCCCAUAAUGUAAAGAAUUCCAUUUUAAGAAUUGUGCCUAAAAAUAGUUAAUUGUUUUGAACUUUUGCAAGAGAAUAAAUAUACUAAAAUGCGUGCGGUACAAUAUGAUGAACUUUAAUAACGAUCAAUGUAAGUAAAUUGUACCAGGAAAUUUUUUUUUUAAAUAAUUAACAAAUAAAUAAUUAUUUUAAAAAAAAUUUUCCUGGUACAAUUUACUUACAUUGAUCGUUUGCAAGAGAAUGGCUAGAAAAAAUAUUCUGAAAUGUAUUUUAAGCUUAUCUUGAGGUCGUGUUCGCAGAUAUUUUCUGCUCCUUUCGCUCACAGUCUCGUCUUCCAGUUUUUCCAAGGGCCUCCCAGUUAGUAAUACGUUUAUUUUAACAUAAAGGCGAUAGAAGACGGGAUAAAGGUGAAUAGCUUCAACAGGCUUUUCUUUGCUAUUCAUUACUAUUUGAGGGUUAAACUGAAGUGUUCUCUGUGCAAUAUCUCAUUCCAUAUGAAAGACAUAAAGAUGCGCUUUAGUAUGGGUUUUAAGGCUACUCAUUUUAUCUCUUUCGUCUCAAAAUACGACCGCUGGGUUCACACAAAAUUGCUCGUAGCCACAGGCUUUAGAAAUUGCACUGAAAUGUCAUAGGAUAAAUGUUUUAAUAAAUUUGCCGUGAAUUGAUUUACUGUUCGUUAUAAUCGCUAUUUAAUUGAUGUCUAAUGAUAUGAAAUUGAAUACAAAGCGUAUUUUCUUU